AUGACUGCUCAGUAUGCUCAGCAGGUUCGCGAAACUACUCCACCUCAGGCUGCUCGCACUCCACUACCAAGAUACUAUGCUGGACGAAAGAACCUGCAACGCAUCCGCGACUCAACAGUCCCCUCAACCUCCCUCGAGAACCCUCACUCUUCCGAAUCUGUCUACAGCGAUGAGAAAUCCAUCUUCAAUGCAAUCAGAGUGACCACGCCGAACGAGGAGUCCCACGGCCAUGACUAUCCCUACGACAUGGGCCAUAUCAUGGAACGAGGUCUCGCAGCCAACAUAGCCAUGCUAAUUCCACCUGAGUCUUCUCAAGAUGGCGGCUCCACUGCUCAGCACCGACAAAAUCAAAAUUCAAGACCACGAUUAGACAAGACCGCAUGGCGAAGCCAGUUAUUGUCCGAGCAAGACGCUCAUCAUAAGUUGCAGCUGGGCUCAGCUCCAUUAGACAAGAUGCACAACCAGUCUUCAAUGAGUAAAAGUCACCGCAAAGCCAUCUCGCUAGAUGCAUGUGCCACGCACCGUCCCUAUCCUAGCCCUCGUUGGCUGGUAUCGAGUAUCCCAGCGGCUGUCACGUCUGUUCAACCGAAGUACCCUCCUCCAGAAAGGGUACUCACGCCUCCAGGUCUUCCUUCAUUCAAUACCCCGGAAGCAAUGUAUUGCUCUGCCCAAUUCAUGGUCGGACACACGGCUGCAUCGCAGAAUCAGCGCGGGACAAAUACUUCAAACGGCUAUCGUUCGAUAUCUUAUGGAGGGGCUAUUCGCAGAUUCUUGGGCCUGCCAUCUACCAAUGACUCCUCCGCUAACAACGGCAUUGUUGGUAUCGGGCGAGCUCCAGAUGGAACGAUCGUUCAAGGUAGGUUCCUCUAUCGUCAGAGUGGCCAUGGCACAAAUCAGACAAGAAAUAUGCACGAUCACCCAUUUCAUCGGAGUAAUCUUCCCACUGCUUCAUCUCAGCCAGCCCCAGAGAGUAUCAGGAAUGAAAGUGAAAGAGCCCGGGAAGGCGAGGAGCCCGCAAAAAGUACAAUUGCCCGAAGUUCUCAUCGGAAAAGAAAUAAUACGCACUUGGGGCUCUCGUUACUUGGUCGACCUCUUACUGCACGAAUCGAUGAGUUGUAUCAUAGGGCCAUUGCAGGUCCUAGUCAAAGAACAUACGCUCAACCGGUUCCAGACUGUAUGAUAUCUCCACUUCAGCUACCGCAGGCUCAAUACAGUUUCUCACAAACACAACCUGAUUCCCAGGUUCAAGUUGGUGAUGGAGCGCUGGAAUCGUGUGGAUUCAGAUUUUCUGAUCUUUUUGGCUGGCUUCCCAUUCGUAUAUAUCUUUGCUGCUGUGCUAAAGGUCCUUCCCCUUGUUUUAUUGAUGAGAACAACGAAGAUGACGACUCUGAAGGCCCGCUUGAAGCUAUUGUUUCCAGGGAGACAUAUGCCACUGCUCGAACUCGGAUAUCUGGGCUGGAUGGUGGAAAUGCAUUGAUUGGUGAUGGUAAUUGCAUUGUUCAAGAGCAUGUGGUUGGCUCUGCGUCUGUUUCAUCAUAG